AUGAGAAUUCCGUGGCCCGAAGAACCACUUCGAGAGGCCAAUGCUGUCGACGUUAAUUUGCAGCUUCUCAUCCGCUGGAGGAUCUCUUUCCUGUUCAGUAUCAAAGUGGUUCCAUCAACAAAUAAUAAAGAGCCCGUUCUAGUCAUAUGGAAAGCCAUGGAGGUGCAAUCAUGGAAGCAACUCCGCAAUGGUGAGGCCCAAACCAUAUCACAGUACGCUGCAAGGGUGCGGCAGUUCGCCCAUGCCUUGGGACACAACGAGACCCUCAGUGACAGCUACGUCCACCAGCUGCGAAUGGAUGAACUGAACGUCAUGAAGCUUGUGGAAAGCGGAAGGAAGUCUCCGUAUUUAGAGCAUUUCUUCGGUCUUCGUCAACUCCAGAAUUACACAAAAAACAUCACUGCCGAAGAAUGGGUCUCUUUCAUCAACAAGAACUUGGAACCUCAAUUUCAUCUUACCACCCACUCUAUGGUAUUAGUCCACAGCCUUCCAGUGCUACACAUGCUCGGCAGGAUAGUUGAGAUCGUACCCAACGAGCGGCUGCUCGUGCUACUCGGUUGGAUAUUUGUACAAGAGUGUGCCUGGAUGGCGUCAACUAAGUUCGACAUAGCCACGUGGGGAAGCAAGCGGCAGGCUGAACAACACGCGCCUGCUUUCUGUCUGCGACAGAUCGAGGACGCAUUCGGAAUUCUGCCUUGGGCGCCAUUCAUAUACAAGAACUUCCCAAAAAGGGAGCGCGAUAAGGUGAACGCUGUCCUGGACAAUAUUGUUAGUACCAUUCAAGAGAACCUCGAACGAUCUACCAUCAUCAGCAAUGCCACGAAGCAGACAGCUAGCGCUAAACUGCGAAAAAUGAAGCGUGUUCUUUGGCCGACUGAAACCUUCUUCAGCGAACAAGAGCUCGACGUCAUGUACUUGAGUUUUGAUCCAGCGAAUGGGACUUUCUUCCAACGCUGGGUUCGAUCUAUGACAGACGUAGGCAAGCUUCGUAGUCACAAGGAUUUUCUGAACUUGUACAGUAAGACCAUGAACGACAAGGUGUUCGGCCCCAUAGUUUACCUGUAUUAUUUUAAUAUUCUUAAGCUGUCUAUGGCUGCAGUUAUAUCCCCGGUUUACUAUCGCCAUGGCAACAUGGCAAUGAGCUACGGUUCCUUGGGGACAUUGUAUGCAGUGUUCUUGAGCAAAUUUAUUGAUUCGCUCGGCCGUCAGAUCGACGACAAAGGCCAGAAGCGAGACUGGUGGGAGUCACAGGUGUCCCACAAGUGCAAAUCUUACGGUGAUAGGAGAAUGACCAAUCUGUUUGGAUUCGAUGCCUCGUACGAUGCAUUCAAGACGGCCCUCUUUGCGCAAAAGAAUAAGGCACUGAACUCUAGGCUGGAUACCUUAAACAUGUAUACCGGGGAGCAGAUAUUUUUCCUAUCCGCUUGCAGGCCCCUUUGUUCGCGAGGAGAGUUCGGUAAAGAGGUCUGCAAUGCGGCUUUGGAUUCGACUGCUUUUUUGAGAUCAUUUAACUGCUCCGAAGAGCCCAGCUGGUACGCGAGGAACUGUCGUAUGUUAUAA